AUGACUUCUUCUAUUGUAAGAAAGAGAGAGACAACUGGUUUCAGACCCAAGAUUCCUUUUACAACAUUUCAAAGGUUUCAGACAGCUUCCCUUCUCUCUUUGCUUAGGAGAACAGAAAAGAAAGAAAGAAAGAAUACACUGUACCUUUGGACACUUAAAGUAGAAGUAGUGGCACGCCACACAUCUAUAAUUAUAAUAAAGCUUAGGACCAUCAUUAUUCGUGCGGAGUCAAAUGACCCGCGGAUUUCAUUUCCAAGUGAUCUCGGCCAAUCAGAUAAAGCACCUCCUCCAAUGGAACAACAACAACAACCAUCAGGAGGCCUAAUUUGGAGAGACACAACACUUUUAGAUUCAUCAAAUCAAAAUUUCGAGUUCCACAUUUCCAGAACCUUUGAUCCUUCACCAGCUGAUGAGAUCUUGGCUGACGGGGUGAUCCUUCCUUUCCAAGUAACUACUGCAUCCGUCAUGCCAAAAGGUCUUUACAAGUACCAGUGA